AUGGAUGCCCUAUGUAACCAUGAACUAGACCUAAUCUUGAACUGGGUUAAGGGCUCAGACGAUAGAAAAUCAUUCUCUCAGGUCAGUAAGCGAUUGUGGGCAGUGGAGCGUCUGAACCGAUCAUCCAUUCGCCUUCUCGAACUCAUUCGUCUCCCUCGAUUACUUGAUAGAUUUCCAAACUUGGUCACAUUCCAAACAUCCCUGCCUCUAAGCAACGCUGACCUCGAAUUAUUAGCCCAAAGAUGUCCCAAACUAGAGGUCAUCGACCUUGGAAUACCGGCAUUGUCCUUCAGAAAAGUUGCUGGGACCCAAGGUCUAUGCACACUAGCAAAUAGGUGUCCCAAGUUAUCCAAGGUUUUGCUUCGUGGGAGGCAUAUGAUGAGUGAUGGAAUUGUGUCGUUCAUACCUUUAGCGGAUAACUUGAAGCACUUGGAUUUGGGAUACAUUGUGUUGGUUUUUGACAAAACCCUUGAAGCAAUUGGGUCAUCAAGUUGUCCGAUUACCGUUUUGAACUUGGAAAGCUGCUGCCAUAUUACGGAUUGUGGAUUGAGAUUUUUGACAAAUGGGUCUUGCUCAAAAACCAUAAAGGAAUUGGUCCUUGCAAACUGUCAUGGAAUCACUGAUUCUGGGGUCUCGCUCUUGCAGAAGAUGUGUGCCUUGGAGGAGCUAAAUUUGGCUCAUUGUCACCAAGUCACUGACGUUGGAGGUGUGGCAAUCUCCGCAAUUCGAACCCUCAAGAAACUGGACUUUGCUAGGGGACCCAGAGUGACAGAUUGGGGACCCAGAGUGACAGACCGCACCAUUCUUGCUCUCGCGGAGAAUUGCCUCAACUUGGAGAUGCUUGAUUUGAGUGGUAAUAAAUUCGUGACCAGAGUUGGUAUUCGUGCAUUUUUGGGUCACAAGUGCUUACAAUCCCUUGAUCUACGCUAUAUUCGGGUUUAUGUUAGUGGAUCUGAUCUGGAAGACCUAGCGCUUGCAUGCCCGUCAUUGAAGUCUAUACUAGUAGAGGGUGGAUGGAGAAAAAGAUUGAUGGGUGAAAUGCAAGAGAGCACUGUUAGCAGAUUCGUGAGGUUCAAUUAG